AAAUGGGAAAUAAAAAACCAUUCAACAAAUCCCCACCGACCCGAGAAUGAGAUCUCCUCUCUAUUCCCUCCAAUAUAUAAUGCAAAAUCCAUAGCUCAAGCUCUACAAUCACAAACGGUGUCGUUUUAACUGUCCAAGAAUUAGGGUUAGGGUUUUCAAAAUUUCAAUCAUGGAAACAACGAAGGAUCAAGAAGGUGGACUACUGAACCAGAUCGUCCCUCCGCGACUCGAAGACGCAGGCCUCGAAGACUGUGCGCUCCCACCGGACUCGAUUAAAGAAGCAUUUCUCAGAGCCGCCACGGCCGUGAAGUCACGCGCCUCCUCAAUCUUCGCCACUGAUCUCGACGACGACGACGAAGGUAACUGCGUCGAGGAUCCCUGGACCACCGCCGGCGCCAACGACAUGCUGGUCGGACUUUCGCCGGAGCACGAAGAUGAAGCGGAUUCGGGGCCCUGCGGUAAGAAGAAGGGAAAUGGAGUCCCGGAGGUGGGCCCGGACGACGUGGUGGUCGGCGGCGAGGCUGAGGAGAGGGGGAGUGAUGUGGUGGUGGUGGGAGGAGGAGUGGGUGUGAGAGAUGGAGGUGGUAAAGCUUGUGUGGAAGGGUUGCAGGGUUUGAAGAUUGGGGAGAAAGUGAAGAAUGGUGGUAAUGGUGAUAAAGAAGGUGAAAAAAAACCAAUUAUAACUGAGGGUUUUGUUUGAAUAUUUUUUUUUCUUACAUUUCUUUCAAAGUGUCUAUGUUGUUGUUGUUUCUGUGUAUUGUAUUCUGUAUAUGAGGAGGUCUUGAAGUUUUGUUGUAGCUGGUUAUGGAAAUAAACUUUGGUAUUAGAAAUU